AUGACUAUUCUCGUUGAACCUUUCGCCUCUGAUUCAAGAGUCGAGGAAAAGAAAGUAGAGAGGGACGAUGAAUUGGUGUUGGAUGGAGGUUUUGUGGUUCCAAAAUCUAAGGAAACUGAUGGAUUCGAUGCUCCUGAUAUCAACUUCCUGGGCCAUUCUUUCAGGGAUUAUGAGAAUGAUGCAAACGAGAGACAACAAAGUGUUGAGGAAUUCUACAGGAUGCAACACAUUAACCAGACUUAUGACUUUGUGAAGAAGAUGAGAGAAGAGUAUGGAAAACUAAACAAGAUGGAAAUGAGUAUAUGGGAAUGUUGUGAGCUAUUGAACAACGUUGUCGAUGAAAGCGAUCCCGAUCUCGAUGAGCCUCAGAUUCAACACCUUCUCCAAACCGCUGAAGCCAUUCGCAGGGAUUAUCCGGACGAAGAUUGGCUCCAUCUUACCGCCCUAAUCCAUGAUCUAGGAAAGGUUCUCCUUUUGCCAGAAUUCGGUGGUCUUCCCCAGUGGGCUGUCGUUGGCGAUACAUUUCCAGUUGGAUGCACCUUCGACUCAGCCAAUAUUCACCACAAGUAUUUCAAAGAAAAUCCUGAUAACAACAAUUCAAAGUACAACACAAAAAAUGGAGUUUACAAGGAAGGAUGUGGAUUGGACAAUGUUCUCAUGUCAUGGGGUCAUGACGACUACAUGUAUUUGGUGGCUAAGGAGAAUGGCACAACUCUUCCUCACGCUGGUCUCUUCAUUAUUCGAUACCAUUCCUUUUAUCCAUUGCACAAGGCAGGAACCUACACACACUUGAUGAACGAUGAGGACAGAGAGGAUCUCAAGUGGCUCCAUGUAUUCAACAAAUAUGACCUAUACAGUAAGAGCAAAGUUCAUGUAGAUGUUGAACAAGUGAAGCCUUACUACAUUUCCCUUAUCAACAAGUAUUUUCCGGCGAAACUAAAUUGGUGA